AUGGAUGAAAGCUCAAACUCUCGUGCUAAAAAAAUCAAUGAGUUGUCUAGGCAACUCAGAAACGCAACCAUUCAAAUCCCAACUGAGAGAAGAAGUGUUGUAUCUCCACAAACCAUUAAUGCUUCAGUGGAGGAGUGGUCUUUCGCUAUUAUAGGAAAACUCAUGUACAAGGACAAGAUAGAUAUGAGAACCAUUCGAGAAGAGAUCAACUCUUUGUGGAGGGGUUAUAGGAAUAAGCAAAUCAUAGUUAUGGGUCACAAUCUUAUGCUGGUUAGAUUGAACAAUGAUGAAGAGAGAGAUGAAGUUAUCAGAAAUGGACCAUGGUUAGUGGGUGAAGCUUUAUUUUCCAUUCAAAAGUUUGUCGCUGGCACACAGGCUAAGGAUUAUGUUUUUACAUAUCAAGAAUUCAAUGUCCAGUUCAAGUACCUAAAACUUGAGCACAUGAAUGUUACUGUCAUUGAUGAAGCUAUUGGUUUUAUGGGUAAAAAGAUCUCAACAAAUCCUGAAAAUUACAGGCCAAGGUACGGAAACACUGUAAAAGCUAGAAUUGAAAUGAAUCUCAAGAAACCUCUUUACAGAGGAGGCUGGUGGAAGACUUUGGGAGAGAAGGAUGUUUGGAUACGUUAUCACUGGGACUUACAACCCAAGAAAAUCUGUGACAAAUGCUUUGUCAUCGAUCACCAAGAGCAUAACUGCAUGAAAUACCAGUACUUGUUGCAUCUCGACAGUCUAACUGAAGAGGAAUAUGAAGCAUACAUGCAGGAGGAAAGUGAUGUGUAUGAGCCAAAUGAAGAUGAAAGAAGCAUAUCCACUAAUAUGAAUAAAGAAGGGCUUAUGGAUGAUCUAAUGGAAGAGUCAAGGCAGGCAAAGCGCAUGAGAAACUCGACUCUCAAUCAAGAACCAUCAAUGAAUCCACAUGAUAUUCAUGUAACUCCACCAACAAACAUUGAGACUGUUACCCAUGCAAAUAUGAACAACAAUUUAAACUCGGAAGUGGUUCCUCUGGUUUCAGAAGCAAAUCAUCCUAAUCCCACAAGUAAUUCCAUUGAAGAAGCUGCUCAGAACUGCAAUGGAUUUGCAGACAAAGAAACUAGAAACUAUGCCAAGGAUUUUAAUAAAAUGCUAGACCCUGACAUUCUUUUUCUUCAAGAAACAAAAAUAAACUCGGAUAAAAUCACUAGGUUCACUAGACCUCUAAAUUUUCUGAAUAUUUUCUAUGUCCCAUCCAUUGGUAGAUCUAGAGGAAUUUGUUUAUUGUGGAAAGAUGGUUUUGAAUUAGAGAUUAUCUAUCAUGACAAAAAUAUGAUUCAUUGUCUAGUUACUAGCAAUCCUUCUAAACCUACUUGGCUUCUAUCUUGUGUAUGUGGUUCUCCCUAUCCUCAAGAAAGCAAGGCUCAAUUGGAGUUCAUCAAAAAUGUGUGUGAAAACUAUGACAUCAACGCUCCUUGGGCUCCCAUUGGAGACCUAAAUCUUACCUUACAUGAUAAUGAAAGAAACAAUAGCAAUGGAUCUUCUUCUAGAUCCUCAAAACUAGCUCAAACUGUCCUAGAAGAAGGCUUCAAUGAUUUAGGCUUUCAUGGAAACCCUUAUACCUGUACCAGCAAUAAGAAUGGAACAUGGAAAAUUAGAACCAGAUUGGAUAGAUCUCUUAUAAACUCAGAUUGGAUUAUUCAAUUCCCUGACUCUUUUCUUAGGCAUCUUCCCUUCUUAGGAUCAGAUCACUGUCCCAUAUUGUUAGACCUGUCUCCCAAAAAUUUAAAAUUCUUUGAAUGCUGGUUACGUGACAACUCAUGUAAGCUUGAAAUUGAAAAAGCUUGGUCAUCAAGUUUCAAUGGGUCGACUGGUUUUAACUUGGACAAAAGGUUACCUGAAACAAGAAGAUCUUUAUCAAUCUGGAACAGAACUAUCUUUGGCGAUAUCCAAACAAAGAUUAAGGACAUACAGUAG